CAGCACUCUACGGCCGCUAAUCGUUCUCACUCGCUGCGAUUUGCUGCUGCCAUGUAGACAAUCGCGUAUCGUGCGGGUACCUCUAUCUGCACAGCAAGUCUAGACCACUGUGAUUACUGAUUACACUCUGUAUCCCCCGCGUUGCCGUAUCUCUACGGCAGCCAGGAAGCUUGUGAUGGUCAGCUCGUCUGACUGUGUCUGAUUAGUCUGAGUCUGAACAGUAACCACUCUCUCCAUCCCCCUCUUGUCAUAUCUGCGACUCUUCAACGCAGACUAAACACAGUGCGUGUCAGCGAUGGCUCCGCUUGUUGGACGUGAGUACGCUGCCGAGACACCAGCGACGGAAUUCCAAGUCGCACAAAGCAUGGUCGAGGGCGAGAGACCCUCAACGCCGCCAGAGACACGACCUGUCUCGCCGACAGAUCCACAGAAGCGCACGCGCAUCGUGGUUGUUGGUCUCGGCAUGGUCGGUAUCUCCUUUAUCGAAAAGCUGCUUGAGCGCGAUGCCAAGCAGAAGCAGUACUCCGUCAUUGUGCUCGGUGAGGAGAAGCAUGUAGCCUACAACCGUGUUGGCCUGACCUCAUUCUUUGAACACCGCUCGAUCCCAGACCUGUACCUCAAUCCAGAAGAUUGGUACACGCAACUCGAUACACAGACAUUCACCUACAAAACUUCCUCUCCAGUCACUGCUAUUGACAGAUCGGCAAAGAAGGUCAUUACGAAUGACGGAGCUUAUCCGUAUGAUUUGUGUGUCAUGGCGACAGGGUCUGAAGCUGUACGUCCAAAGCAAACACCGAAUUAUGAUGCAAAAGGUGUCUUUGUGUAUCGUACCAUCGGAGACCUUGAAGAAAUGAUUGAAUAUGCUGAGACUGUGAGCGUGGCUGAAGGCAAGCAGAAGAAGGCGAUUGUCGUUGGCGGUGGUCUCUUAGGUCUUGAAGCAGCACAUGCAGUCAAAGAUAUGAAGAAGUUUGAUCACAUGACGGUGGUGCAUCGAUCCAAAUGGCUCCUCUCGCAGCAGCUCGAUCAGCAGGGCGGUGAUUUGCUCACUGCAAAGGUUCGCGAGAUGGGCGUUGAGGUUCUGCUUGAAAAGCAAAUUCAGCGCAUCAAUGUCGACAAUGAGGGCGCUGUGGUUUCUGUUACUUAUCUCUCUGGCGAAACCGAGGAUUGUCAGCUCAUCUGCUUUGCUAUCGGUAUUCGAGCUCGUGACAAUCUUGCUGUUGACUGCGGCCUAGACACACAUUCUCGUGGUGGAGUCGUUGUUGACGAUGAUCUAUGCUCCUCCGACAAGAACAUCUACGCUGUUGGAGAAUGUGGCAAUUGGAAGGGCAACACGUUUGGCCUCAUUGGCCCUGGUAUCGAGAUGGCGGAUAUUGUGACCUGGAAUCUGACUCAAGCGAAGCUGCAUGCUCCACGAGCAUUCACCACGCCAGACCUGUCGACAAAGCUCAAGCUCAUGGGCGUCGAUGUCGGCUCAUUUGGAGACUUCUUCGCUGAUCGAGAUGGUCCACGCUCUAUUCCCAAAACACGCAAACCGAAGUCUGGCUUCACUGCAGAUGAUGUCCGCGUAUUGAAGUAUCAUGACCCGUUCGAGGGCAUCUACAAGAAGCUCAUCUUUUCAAAGGACGGCAAGUACCUCCUUGGAGGAAUUUUGGUCGGCAACACUAGCGAGUUUGUCAAACUCAAUUCCAUUGUCAAAGGUGGCAAGGAGUUGGCAAAGCCACCAUCAGAGUUUGUCCUUGGUGCCAAAGCAUCUGGCGAGGAUGACGGUGCUGACCUUGACGACGAUGCUCAAGUUUGUUCCUGCCACAAUGUUACGAAAGGUGAUAUCGCAGAAAAGGUGUCGAGCGGCACAUGCUCAUCUAUGGGCGAAAUCAAGAGCUGCACGAAAGCCGUGACUGGCUGCGGUGGCUGCGAACCGCUCGUCAAAGCCAUCUUCACGUCAGAGAUGAAGAAGCUCGGCAAUGAGAUUAGCAACAACAUCUGUCCGCACUUCAACUACUCGCGAGCUGAUCUCUUCAAUGUUGUGCGUGUCAAGAAGCUCGAGUCGUUUGAUGCCAUUAUGCGGGCAUAUGGCAAGCGUCCAGAUGCACUCGGUUGUGAGAUUUGCAAGCCUUGCAUCGCUAGUAUUCUGUCUUCCCUCUUCAACCCACUCAUCCGCAACCAUGAAGUCAACCAUCUACAAGAUACCAAUGAUCGCUUCUUGGCCAACAUUCAACGAAAUGGAACAUUCAGUGUUGUGCCAAGGAUGAGUGCCGGUGAAGUGACGCCUGCUCGAUUGAUUGUCCUUGGGCAGGUAGCAAAGAAGUACAACCUCUACACGAAAAUUACCGGUGGUCAGCGUAUCGAUCUGUUUGGUGCACAACGCCAUGAUCUGCCAGACAUCUGGGAAGAACUCGUCAAUGCCGGUUUCGAGUCUGGACACGCCUAUGGCAAGUCGCUCCGUACAGUCAAAUCGUGUGUUGGAUCGUCCUGGUGCCGUUACGGUAUUGGCGACUCGGUCGGUCUUGCAGUGCGUCUCGAAGAACGUUACAAAUCCAUCAGAUCACCGCACAAAUUCAAGGGAGGUAUCUCUGGCUGUGUUCGCGAGUGUGCAGAGGCGCAGGGUAAGGACUUUGGCUGCAUUGCGACAGACAAGGGUUUCAAUGUCUAUGUGUGCGGCAAUGGAGGUGCAUCGCCAAAGCACGCCGAGUUGCUACAGGCAGAUGUUCUACCGGAUCAAGUGGUGCCUCUCUUGGAUCGAUUCAUCAUGUUUUACAUUCGCACAGCCGACAGGCUGCAGCGCACUGCCCGCUGGCUCGAGCAGAUGGAAGGCGGUAUCGAGUACUUGCGACAAGUCAUCAUCUCAGACAAGCUUGGCAUAUGCGAGGAGCUUGAAGCGCAGAUGCAAGAGCUCGUUGGCAAGUUUGAGUGCGAAUGGACAGCUGUUGUGCAAGAUCCGGCGAAGCGUGCUGAAUUCAAGCAAUUCGUCAAUACCGACAAGACCGCACCGAGCAACGUUGAGCAGAUUCAGGAGCGUGGUCAAGUCCGCCCUGCCAAUUGGCCAAAGAAGUCAGACACCACAGAUUUCAAAAACACCAAGUGGUCUUCGCUCAGUUGGGAGCCAGUGUGUUCUGUCGAGGCGCUCAAGUCGACUCCUGCUGGUGCGUCUGCCACUGUGCUCAGAGGCGAGACACAAUUGGCCAUCUUUCACGUUCAAGGGAAAGGCUACUUUGCCUCGCAAGCGAUGUGUCCCCAUCGUAAAGCCUUUGUACUUGCGCAGGGCCUUAUUGGAGACGAUGAGAAUGGCGAAGUACAUGUCUCUUGUCCAAUGCACAAGCGCAAUUACGUGCUUGACUCACAGGACCAUACGCGUCUUGGCGGGUGCAAGAAUGAUGAAGACGUCUCUGUUGCUACUUUUCCUUGCGAAGUACGCGAUAAUGAGAUCUAUCUCAAGUUGCCCCCAGUGGCUGAGUUGGAUGAGGUGCUUGGUACAAGCAAGCACUUGAUCAAACAGGCUGACCACCAAGACGAGGGCAUGAAAGCGCUUGACCGACGCUUCAAAACGUUUGGCAGUAUGGCCAAAGUUCUGCCAGAGCCUGUCCUUUCAUGGUAGUCAUUGAUCCAUAUGUUCUCUACGUACUUCAUCGUUAAAUAUUGCUGUUC